UGCCCAUCUUUACUCGUUUAUGCUUUACGAGGAACCCAAACCCUAACCCGAUUCGACUUGCCAAAUCCGAAAUUAGGUAACAUGUUCAUUGAAUUUCUCGUCUCAGCUGUCGCUUCACCUUCGAUUCACUGAGUCUCCGCACAGACGGAUUUCCCUGAUGCACAUUUUGAAUUCCGUUUGCGUAUUGGUCUUCGAGUUUUCCGUCGGCGGCCAUGGACGACGCGUUCAAGGAGGAGAUAGAAAUAGGGAGCUCGGUGGAGUCGUUAAUGGAGCUGCUGGAUUCGCAGAAGGAGCUUUUCCACAGCCAGAUCGAUCAGCUCCAAGAUGUCGUCGUUACGCAAUGCAAACUCACCGGCGUUAACCCCCUCGCGCAAGAAAUGGCUGCUGGUGCUUUGUCCAUUAAAAUUGGAAAGCGGCCAAGAGACUUGUUGAAUCCAAAGGCUGUUAAGUAUCUGCAAGCAGUUUUCGCAAUUAAAGAUGCUAUUAGUAAAAAGGAAUCUCGGGAGAUAAGUGCUCUAUUUGGUAUCACAGUCGCCCAGGUUCGAGACUUUUUUGUUACUCAAAAGACAAGAGUAAGGAAACAGGUGCGGCUUUCAAGGGAGAAGGUGAUCAUGUCCAGUACAAAUGAUGCUUUACAAGAUAAUGGUGUUCCGGAAAACAAUACUAGAACUCACGUUGAUCCCGUUCCCUUGAACUCUACGUAUCCAGAGGCAUCAUCUAUAAGUUGUGGUGAAGGUGAAACAGUGGCACUUAUGCCACCGGAUGAUAUUCCACCUGACCUCAGUGAUUCAGAAAAAUACUUUGUUGAGAACAUAUUUUCUCUGUUGCGUAAAGAAGAAACAUUUUCAGGCCAGGUGAAAUUAAUGGAGUGGAUCAUGCAGAUACAAGAUUCUUCUGCGCUGAUCUGGUUUUUAUCUAAAGGAGGGGUUUUGAUACUUACAACAUGGUUAAGUCAAGCUGCUAUUGAAGAGCAAACUAGUGUCUUACUUCUUAUCCUGAAGGUUCUUUGUCAUUUGCCUCUCCACAAAGCAUCUCCUGAAAAUAUGUCAGCCAUAUUGCAAAGCGUCAAUGGACUUCGUUUCUAUAGGAUACCAGGCAUAUCAAACAGGGCAAAAGGAUUGUUAUCAAGAUGGACCAAAUUAUUUGCGAAAAUCCAAGCUAUGAAGAAACAAAAAUGUAACAGUUCGCAAAUUGAUUCGCAGAGUCAAAUGCUUCUGAAACAGAGUAUUGCUGAAAUAAUGGGUGAUAAUAGCAAUCCUGAAGAUAUUCUUAGUCUCUCAAACGGAAGGUCAGAGAAUGUCAGGAAUUUGAAAUCGUCACAGGGUCCAAAACUGUUGCUUACUUCUGCAGAUGAUUCCACCAAGAAACAUAUGCUUGGUUCAACUCCAUCAUAUAACAAAGAACGCAGGAAAGUUCAGAUGGUGGAGCAACCAGGGCAAAAAGCUGCCGGAAGGAGUCCUCAGACAGUUAGAAUAGGAACUUCAAGUCGGAGCCGCCCUAUGUCGGCCGAUGAUAUUCAGAAAGCAAAGAUGCGUGCUCUUUAUAUGCAUGGCAAGAAUAGUAAAAAGGAUCCUUUGCCAAGUGCGAUUGGUGAUUCGAGAACCGUUGUUCCUGAGAAGCCAUUGGCACUAGAGUCAGCCAAGGAUUCUCCACUUAGUCAGUGCACUGAAGCUAAGGCGGAAGACACACCUGAACCUUCUGCUGUUCAGCCUGUAAAUUCACCAGCCGUAAAUGUCCCAGUACAAGCUGAUGAAUUUAGAAAACCUUCAACACCUCCUAAAAGCAUUUCAAGUAAGGUGGGAGUCCUGUUGAAAAUGAGUCCACAAACUAUCCUAAAGAAUUGCAAGAGAAAACAGAUUGAUUGGCAUGUACCACCAGGAAUGGAACUUGACGAAGUCUGGCGAGUUGCUGCUGGUGGUAAUAGCAAGGAGGCUGAUGUUCAGAAAAACCGAAACCGGCGAGAAAAAGAAACAACAUAUCAGUCUCUUCAAGCUAUACCGUUGAAUCCUAAGGAACCAUGGGAUAGGGAAAUGGACUUUGAUGACAGUUUGACACCUGAAAUUCCGACUCAACAGCCACCGGAAGAAAGUAUAACAGAACCACAGGAUUCACUUGAUGAACGGAGAACUGCUGCUGGUGCUGCCACAACCUCUUCAUCUCGAAGUAGUUCCAUGGAACCUGAUUUUGAAUUAUUAGCCGCGUUACUUAAGAACCCGGAUCUUCUAUAUGCGCUGACUUCUGGUAAGCCCGGUAGUUUAGCCGGCCAAGAUAUGGUAAAACUGCUUGAUGUGAUUAAAAAUGGUGCUCCAAAUUCAAGCUGUAGCUCAAAUUACAAGGUUGAAGAAAAGGUUGAAGUUUCCCUUCCAUCUCCCACUCCAUCAACGAAUCCUGGAAUGAGCGGAUGGGGACAAGAAGUUAUUCGGAAUCCCUUUUCAAGGCAAAACCAAGUUGGUGCAGCAGUUGCUAGAUUGAGUACUCAGCUUCCUGUUGCUUCAAUGCAAUGGCAAUCAUCAAACGAACAGUUGAUCACUCGACAUGCUCCAUCAGCUUAUAACUCACUCACAUUGCCUCACACAGAAAGACAACAACUACAUCAACAACAAUCUAUGCAACCUAGACUUCAUCAGAGUCAACAUCUUCAACAACAACAACAACAACCAAUCUCAACAACCUCGUACGCGGUUAGGGAAUCAAUAGGACAAAUGGGCACAGCUAAUUCUGUUUCGUGGAGGUCCCAGCAGAGUCAGAAUAGUUACUACCCACAUCGAGCAAACGGGAUUGGAUCGGCUUCUUCUUACCAAGGGAAUGAACAGCCGUACAUUUGUAGUAGUAGUAAUCCAGGAUUUGAAUCAUGGAGUCCUGAUCAUAGCCCAACUAGGAACCAUCCUAACAUGAGGGGACAACAACAACCGACAAGAAAAUAUGAUUCUUCUUCUCAUCCUUAUUGGAACCAAAACAAAAGAUGGCGUUAAAACAUAUAUGAGACUUUAGUUCUUUUGAUACCCAAUACUUGUUUCUCACGGUUCAGUUAGCAUAUUACUGUUUGUAGACACAUUUUUAUUAAUAUCUCACAAAAGAUACAUUAGAGAUGAUAAAACUAAAGAAGUAAUG